AUGGGCCCUGAGGGAGUGUACAUGCCAUUGGAGGCUUUCAAGCAAGAGUUUUCCAAAACCAAACUCAGCUGUCAACUUAUUGCUGUUCAGAAAGAUGCCACCAUUAAGACAGCUUGUGCAGAUUUCCCCAUGAUAGUGGGAAAUGUCAGGGCUCUGGAAACACUCAUCCCAUCCAAGAAGGGGACAACACUGAAAGACAAGAAUGUGUAUCCAGACACAGCUAGUGUUGAGGAGGUCCAAACAGCAGAUUGGCUUGUUCAAGAAUGGACAAGGAUGGCUUUGGAUCAUGCAGUGACAACACACAUGGAUAAGAAAUCUGUGUUCAGCAGCAUCCUGUGUGAGAUGGUGGUGCUACAUGAACCUCCCCCCCCCACCUACAAACCCUCUCAAAAGAUCUGUGUAUGGUGGCAGUCCAUCUGUCUCCCACAGGCCAGCCAUGAAGAAAUUAUGCCAGAUUUAAUGAGGGAUAACAUGUCCAUAACAGUCACUGUCUUUCACUGUCUGUUGAUUCUCACCUAA